AUGAUGGAUGUUAUGAAAAGCGCAUUUGUCAUUAUGUCGAAUGGAACACCUUCACUUAUCUUUUUGAUUUUACUGUUAUCAUUUGUUAAGCAAUUUAUUAAUUCAGAACCAUUUGUACCAACACCAGCAUCGAUCUAUUUACUCUCUGGAAGUUCUCAUUUUAAUUUAAGUCAACAAAAUCAGUUGUCAACUCUUGCAUACAAUUUGGAUCAAAUAUCAAAUUUAACAUCAAAUAAUCCUACAUUUCCGUCAUUACCUCAAAAACUGCCAUCAAUAAGUGUUUACAAUGAUAACAAACAAUCAGCAAUUUUGACAUCGAAAUACAGAAGACAAGAAGAAAAUUUAGCAAAUAAUUUUUACAAAAAGUCAAAAAAUGUCAACGUAAAGGAUGAAAUAACAACAAAUGAGGCAAUAUUUCGUUCAUUUCAAGAUGAUAAUUUUGAUGAAAGCUAUCAACAAAUUAAUAAAACUUACUUUUCGGAAGCGAUUAAUAGAGACGAAGAAAUUCCUCAAAUAACAAAUAUUCAGGAUUAUUUAACCACUGAACCAUCUGCUACAAUAAUUGAUGUCAACAAAAUACAUUUGCAAUCAGUACUGUCACCUUUAGCAGUGACAACACCACAACUACUAGAAUUAGUAACAUCUACGGCAAUUCUUUUAGAUGAUUUCAAUAAUAAAAAUGAAAAAGUGAAUAUAUCAAAUAGAAAUUUUCCACUUCAAAAAAAUUAUUCAACUAUACCGUUUGCACUAAAAUACUGGGAAAUGCAACGAACCGAUUCCGGUCAAUCAAUUAUCCGUGUUACGACAACUUCUACAGCACUUCAAAUUACUACUGGAAGAAAUGAAUUCAAUCAUUUAAAUAUUGCUAAAAAUGAUAGCACAACAAGUGUUGGUGACAAUGACAAUGACAACAAUAAAUUCAAUUCUGAUGACAUUAUUCGAAAUGAAUUCACUACACUCAAGAAAAAAUCAUCACUUCCUCAAACAAUUAAUCAGCAAUCAACAAUUUCUGCCAACAAUAAUUUGAAUAUUUCAGACGAUAAAUUCAUUGCUACAACUGCUAUUAAUAUCAAAACUAUUUCUACUAAUAGUCAAAAUUUACUUUCUAAAACUUUAACUAUUGAAGAACAAACUGAUAAAUUUCAUUUUACCACUGCAAAAAUUAAUUUGACAGAGAGUAAUGUUGAUUCUAACGAAAUGCAAAUGACAUCAAUUAAUUCAUCCAAAUUUAAUCAAAUUAUUGAUGCUGAUGAGUUGACAUUGAAUAUGAGGAAAGAUAAUUUUUUAUUCGAAAAAUCACAAAAACCUCCGGAAUUUUCAUCAUUUUCUGUAUUUCACUUACAAACAUCAACAAUACCAUCAUCAUCAUUAUCAACAUUAUCAUCAUUAUCAUCACCAUCAUUAUCAGCAUCAUCUACAACAACAACAACAACGAUAGCAGCUAUCAAUGAUAAUAGUCCAAUGGAAAUUUCACCAGCUGAUAAAUUUCUAUCAAAUAAUGAUGAAAAGAUAAUUAAAUUAAAUUCUGAGAACAAUCAAAAAAUCAACAAAAUAGCAAAUAAAAAACAAUUCGAUCGAAAAAAAAUAAAUUUAGAUUCGACAUUUGCCAAAAAUGUUGAAUUUGAUAAAUUAAAGAGGAAGGAAAUUGAAACUAAUUUAAUGCAAAAUUCAAAUGAACAAUGGCAAACAAAAAAAGCGAAAAUAUUGAUUGAUAAAAUUUCAACAACUCAUUUACCAAACAAUAAAUUAAGUUCAAAUUCCGCCGAGUUAUCAUCCAUUUUGGGUAAUCAAAUUGAUAACGCAUUCAGUAAUUUGAUUCAUCUCGAAAAGCAACAAAUGGGUAUAUCAAUACCAAAAUAUGAAAAUUCGAUAAGAGGGCUAAUCUUUGCACAAUUACCAAAACAAAAUGGUAUCAACACUGUCAUGAUUGAUACAGCUGAUGAUGACACAGGCCUGUCAAUCAAACGUGGAAUAACAAAAGGAAAAAUAUUAGAAAAACAAGAAUCAUUUAUUUCUGGUAAACCUGUCACUUUGGAAUUAUGGAAUCCAAUAAUAUACGGUCACGACUGGUUAGCAAAUCCCGGUGCCAUAAUAAAUGGCUUUGUACAGCCAUUACAAGCUCAAAUACAUAACGUUGAAAGAACGCAAAUAGAUGGACAAAAUAAUCGUUAUCAUCAACAACGUCAAAUAUUUGACGUAAAAUCAAUUUCAAAUGAUAAACGAUUAAAUGAAAUGAGCAAAGAGAGAAAGAAGGAAAGAAAAAAUGAAAAUUUAAUUAUGGAUCAAACGAAUCGAAAAGAAGAAUUAGCUAAAGCUUGUUUAAAUGAUGAAAAAGGUUUUAAUAAUAGUGAUGAACAGGAAAGCACUGUUUUGAUAAUUUAUACUGAAAUGGAUAAUAAUUCAGUUAGAAAUAAAUUACAAGGUAUAGGAAAAUAUCAAAAUGCGCAGCAGUGCUUUUAUGUGAUGAACAAUUGCGCUCUUUCCGCAACGGCACCAUUCGAACGACGGAUCGGAAUUAGCUUAAUGGAAUGCGCACAAUUCUGUUCAAGCUUACUUGGCUGUCUUUCGGCUUCGUAUUCAACACGCUUUUCAAUUUGUGAUACAUUUCAUUUCAAAUUUGGCUCACGAGGAAAAAAAAUGAUGAAACUGGCAUGGAAUUAUUAUUUGGAACCACAAGCAAAUAAUAAUGCACCUGAAUGUUUUAUAGAGAGUUCAUUAAAGCAACUAAAAGUGAACAAAGCAAUUCGUAAGAGAAAGCAACCAAUAGCAGCGCAAAGAUUUUUUAAGCAAAAAACGAAUGCAAAUGGAAUGAAUUUGAAGAUAUCCUCCAUUCGUCAUGAUAAUUUAUUAAAUUAUAGCAAAAUGAAAAAACAGUACGAUUGCUUAAAUGGUGAAAAUGUAGUGGUGACAAAAGCGCCAGGAUGGAGAAUAGCAAAAUUUAAUGGUCGUAUACGAAAAUAUUUGACAACUGAAAUAGAUUGCUUAGAAUCUUGCUAUAAUAAUCGAUAUAAAAAGAAUAUAGCUUAUCAUUGUUCUUCGGCAGUAUUUGACGAAGAUUCAAGUCGAUGUAGUUUAUAUUCAACAAUUCAACCCACAAAUAAUACUUUGAUUCGUGACACAUCCACUAUUUACUAUGAAAAACAUUGCUUUUCAGAGCAAUUAGCUAAAUUAUGUGAUGGAGCGCUAAUUGAGCGUCAACCACAGCAAAUACUUGUCACAUUUCCCGAUGCAAUUUUAACUACGUCAACAUUAGUGAAAUGUUUAUUGAAAUGUUUUUGGUCACUUCAAGAUGGUCAAACAUUUCAAUGCCAUUCACUAAUGUACUUUUAUGAGCAAAAAGUAGAUAAUUGUGUAUUGAAUAGCCGAUCAAAACAAAACCAACCAAAUAGUUUAAGGAAAGAAACACUUACAGUUGUUGAUUAUUUUGGCUUGGAUGAUUGUUUAAAGAUUUCAUUAGUGGAUCAAGUGUCCAAAACAAAUCCGAUUCGAACAUAUGCAUACAAAAAGCAUCAGAAUAUUCUAAUAUCGCGAAAAAUGCAUAUUUAA